CUGUUCACCGGAAGAAUAUGAAUCUCUAUUUGCCUAAGAAAAAAAUACACGUAAAAGGAUGCCUGCCAAUAUCUACUCACAACUACCCAUUGUUUCAGAAAAGAUCACCAGACUUGAAAUAAGUUCAUCAAAUUUUUUUGUAUCACCAAGAGAAAUCCAGCAAAGGGAUUGUGUAUAAUCACCCAUAUUUUCCUACAAAUUCUCCUUCUUAAUCUUCUUUUUAAUUUCUAAUUACCAUCAAGAGGACACUCAUAUACGGUAGCUGGUAAGAAUCAACCUAACAAGAAGGAGCUCCUAACAGGAGGAUAGCAAUUAAACAUGAAAAUCAUAUUCCAGAUUCUAUGGGUUCUGAGCAUUUGCUUCUCGGCCAGUCAGAGUCAAGAAAAGAAUAAUGGAUUCAAUCAAAGACGACAGUUGCAUUCAUCUGGUCGAGAUCUAGCUCGAUCACAAUCUGCUAAAGCCAAGCCUCUUCCAAAUUCAAAUCCACCAAGAUCCAUCUUGCCUCAGUAUCACCAAAACUUAGCUAGCCAGUCACUAAGCAGAUCAACCAAUUCAAAGUUACUUCCUCCUAAAAAGCAACUUCCUUUAAAGUCAUCUAUCCCAAAAAAACUAGCAAAACUACAAACUCAUUCAAAUAAAGCUAGCCAACCAAAACUAGGUCCAACUGAGAACAGUUCAAAAACUCAAAGUAGGUCUAGGCAGUCACAAGUUUACCAAAAUAACUCUAUUCAAAAAAGGCCUCAUUUCAAGUCAACUAUUCACAAUAGACCCCAUUCAUUACAUCCUGGUCAAUUACGGUACUCUAAGAAACAGCCUCAAAAAUCCCAAUCUCCUCCAAAUCCAUCUGUUAAAAAAGUGAUAAAGCCAUUCAAAUCUCUUUCAAAUACAGCCCUUCAGCAAAAACCUCAACUAACGAAGCAUAAUCCUAAUUCACACACUCUACAAAAAGCUAGCCUAAACAAGCCACAACCUAAUAAAUUUGUUAAAAGAAGAACCAGACAAAGAAAGCCUAAUUCAAAAGCACUUGUCCAAAAUAUACCAAGCCACACCAAAACUCAUCUAGAAGCACCUGGUGGAAGAAAACGUAUACAGCCGCUCAAUCCAAGAAAAUGUCUACAACCAUCUAGUCAAGGAAGACGUCCACAGUCAUCUAAUCGAAGACAACACCCACAUCCGCUUGGUCAAAAAAUACCAAAUCCACUAAUUAAAGUACCCAGACAAAUUAAGGCCACACAUUGUAUUAGGCCACACAUUCAAAACAAACCUGAAUCACACCACUAUCAUCCACAUGUACAUCUUUCUCCAGACAACCCAUAUCCAUCUCCCUUCAUUCCCAGCCUGAAACCUCAGGUGCAACCAACUAGCAAAGUGGUAAGCACCAGAACCCAAGUCUUAAACACAACUCCGUUUGCUGCCAUUGCCACCACAACUCCCCACUACACUAUCAGCUCCAACACAACCUCAGCUACAACCACAAACAAAAUAUCAUCUGAUCUCAUCUUCAAAAGUACAACUCCUUCUGAUAUCACAGUUUCCAGUCCUAAAACCCAAGUUCCAGUUACCAUUCCACUCACUGCUGCAACCACGUCUAAUGCUCCAACUACCGAGAUUUCACCUCCCCUUGUUACUGCCACUACUCUUCCUGCCACCAUGCAAACAACUCCUUUUACCAUACAUACCAUACUCAAGAUGACCACUGAGUCAGGAUAUGAAACAACAGAACUUCCCUACAGCAGCACUAACCCUGAUAAUAACUACAUAUAUGAAACUACAGAAUCUUAUUACUAUGAUGAAUUUGAUGUCUCUAAUUCUGAAGUUACAGCAUCCACCUAUACCACUCCAAAACCUGCCUCUACCACCAACUAAAUACCAGUUUUCUAAAGUAUAUUGCUGUUAACUUCAUGAUUAUAUCUUUUUCUUUAAAAUAAUUUUCCAUAGUAUUUAAAAAGACAAUAAAAAUGAAGCAAGUGAAAUUA